AGCUUCGCUCGGCCGAUGUCUCGCGUACUUGUUCAGCCAACGCCGCUCUUGAAUCCCUACUUCCCCAAAUACUCCGAUGAGACCGAAGACGGUCUCCGCGCCCUGCUGAGCGGCGAGGCAUUUUCUGCACUUUUCGGCGGGUCCACACCGUACCUCCAAGCCGACGAAGAGUGGCCGCUCUGCAAGACUUGUGGGCACACACUCAUUCCAUAUCUGCAGAUCAACCUCUCUUCCGAGAGGACGCCCCAGGAGUUCCGCCAGCAUCUUCCGCCGCUCGAAUCCGAGGGCGUGACGCUUUUCCAGAUCUUCAUCUGCGCAGAGGAGACAGACAGUGGGUCCUGCUUCGAGGCAUGGGUCAUGCAGGUCGAGGAGGGCGAGUCAUGGCUCGUGCGCAGAGUCCGCGUCGACGCGGACGCGACUGGCCUGGACGCGUCUGCCGCCCACGAUCAAGCGCGCGCGUCCCUCGAGGAGGAGGACCAAUUCAUUCCUGAGCGCAUCAUCACAGAGUGGACCGCGGGGAAUCCCGAGACCGAGCACUGGGAGGCCGCAGGCUCGGGCGCGGACUUUGACGAGGCAUUCUACGAGGCACAUAAGCCCGCGGAGGGCCUCAAGCUUCUCGGAUAUGGGGUUCGAGGCAAGUUCUACAACACUUCCAGUGGCGACCCUCUGGGUCAAUGUACCGCGGGCGACGGCGGGCCGCACUUCGACUGGCGGUGUCUCAUACAACUAGGCACAAGGGAUGAAGACAACCCGAUAUACACAACGGGAAACAUUUAUAUGAACCAGUGCGAGCAGCAUCCAGAAGUGUUCGAAGCGGUUUGCAGCGGAACAUGGUGAAUGUCAGAAGGUUGUACAACAAAUGUUGGCAAGGGUGGGCCACCUCAGUGGUCGUGCCAGAGGAGUAUCCAACGGAGAGCCCUUGUAUAUACUCGCCGUCACAGUCUAACUGUCUCGGUGGCCUCCGAGCCGAUGUCAUAUAGGGGUGCAGGAUAUUUGAGUACUUUUUCUCAUAACGUUGACAUGCCC